AUGGGAUAUCUAGAAUAUAUAAAGGAUAGUGGAAUAUCCAAGGAGAAGAUAGAUAAUUUGAUUUUGAAUUAUUUUAUCGUGGAAGGAUAUCAAGAAGCUGCUAUUAGUUUUGCAAAGGAAAUCAACAUAGAACUCAAAAAUGAAAGGAUAAAAUCCCAUUCACCUUCACUGAACCCAUUUAUCAAGCAAUUAGGCUCAAUGAGUUCAAUGAAAAAUGCAGAUUUUGCUGAAGUAGCUCUGGAUUACUUCGAGAAGAAUGAUAGUUUUGAUUCGAAUGUUACCCCACACAGUCAUCACCAUCCUAUAGUUAAACCCAAAAUAAUUUCGGAUUAUUCAACUAUAAACCAACGUAAAGAAAUCAAAUUAUUGAUCUUAAAAGGAUCUAUUACAGAUGCAAUCCAAAAGAUUAGUGAAUAUUUCCCAACUAUCCUUGAUUCGAAUAACCUCUUACAUUUUAAAUUAUUGCGAUUAAAUUUGAUCGAAAUGAUCAGAAAUCACAAGUUGACUAAUGGAAAUAUUCCUGAUAUAGCCUUAGAGAGAAAGUUCUUAGAUGAUAUUCUAACUUUCGUUAGGGAGAACUUGAUAAACAAGGUAACACAUUCAAGUAAAUUAUUAAAAGAACUAGAGAUAACCAUGAGUUUGCUAUGCUUCAAUUUUGAUGCCGAUAAAAGUAUUGAAGAGCAGAAUGAUUUACCUGAAGAACUAAGAUCCUUGUUUAAUUUGUCAUUAAGAAACCAAUGUUAUAGAUUGGUAAAUAAAGCUAUCUUGAAUUUAUAUUAUAAUGAAGAAACGAUCGAAGAAAAUGGUAAUGUUAACGGAAAUGUCAAUAGAAAUAAUCAAGGGCUUUAUAACGGAGAAAUUGAAAAUAACAAAUUGUAUAAGGGCCCAAAACAUUUAGAAUUCAAUUUGAUGGACUUUGAUAAGCUUGAUGCGGAAGAAAAGGAUAUUGAAAUGAUCGAUGACGAUACUAGUGAAGGACUCUACGACUAUGAUUUGAAAUAUGAUGAGAAUAUAGCACAUAUAAGUGCUAAUAAUCAACCUCAAGACUACAGUGUCAACAAUGAUGACAAUUUACAAGACGAAUUACAGGACUUGUCAUUAGAAUCUAAAUUGGAAAGGAUUAUCAAACUUUGGACGAUUGCCGAGCAAAGGUUAGUAGAUCUAAAUUUCCGUAAAUCUAAACAGUAUGAAUUUACGGAUGGAAAUUUGUAA